UCCAGCAUACUGGCCCAGCCACUGGAGCUCACACGCGGGCUGGCGGGCCAUGGGGCGGCGGGUCCCUGCUCUGCGACAGCUGCUGCUGCUGGCAAUGCUGGUGCUGAAGCCAUCACAGCUGCAGUCCCGAGAGCUGUCAAGGUCGCGCUGCCCCGAGCCCUGCGACUGCGCGCCGGAUGGUGCCCUCCGCUGCCCUGGCCCUCGAGCUGGCCUCUCCCGACUAUCUCUCACCUAUCUCCCUGUCAAAGUAAUCCCAUCACAAGCUUUCAGGGGACUUAAUGAGGUCGUAAAAAUUGAAAUCUCCCAGAGUGACUCCCUGGAAAGGAUAGAAGCUAACGCCUUUGACAACCUCCUCAAUUUGUCUGAAAUACUGAUCCAGAACACCAAAAACCUGCUAUACAUUGAACCUGGUGCUUUUAUAAACCUCCCUCGAUUAAAAUACCUGAGCAUCUGUAACACAGGCAUCCGAACCCUUCCAGAUGUUACAAAGAUCUCCUCCUCUGAAUUUAAUUUCAUUCUGGAAAUCUGCGAUAACUUAUACAUAACCACCAUUCCAGGGAAUGCUUUCCAAGGGAUGAGUAAGGAGUCCAUCACACUCAAACUGUAUGGAAAUGGAUUUGAAGAAGUACAAAGCCAUGCAUUCAAUGGGACGACGCUAAUCUCGCUGGAGCUAAAAGAAAACAUCCACCUGGAGAAGAUGCACAGCAGAGCCUUCCAGGGGGCCACGGGGCCCAGCAUUCUGGAUAUUUCUUCCACCAAAUUGCAGGCCCUGCCGAGUCACGGGCUGGAGUCCAUUCAGACGCUCAUCGCCAAGUCAUCCUACUCACUGAAAACACUGCCCUCCAGAGAGAAGUUCAGCAGCCUCCUGGUUGCCACACUGACCUACCCCAGCCACUGCUGCGCUUUCAGGAAUUUGCCGAAGAAAGAACAGAACUUUUCAUUUUCCAUUUUUGAAAACUUUUCCAAACAAUGUGAAAGCACAGUUAGAAAAGCGAAUAACGAGACACUUUAUUCUGCCAUCUUUGAGGAGAAUGAACUCAGCGGCUGGGAUUAUGAUUAUGGCUUCUGUUCACCCAAGACACUCCAGUGUGCUCCAGAGCCAGAUGCUUUCAAUCCCUGUGAAGAUAUAAUGGGCUAUGCCUUCCUUAGGGUCUUGAUUUGGCUAAUUAACACACUAGCCAUCUUUGGCAACUUGACAGUGCUCUGUGUUCUCCUGAGCAGUCGUUACAAGCUGACGGUGCCGCGCUUCCUCAUGUGCAAUCUCUCCUUUGCGGACUUCUGCAUGGGACUCUACCUGCUGCUCAUCGCUUCAGUGGACUCCCAGACAAAAGGCCAGUACUACAACCAUGCCAUAGACUGGCAGACGGGGAGCGGCUGCAGUGCGGCUGGCUUCUUUACUGUGUUUGCCAGCGAACUUUCUGUCUAUACGCUUACGGUCAUCACUCUGGAAAGGUGGCAUACCAUCACCUAUGCUGUCCAGCUGGACCAAAAGCUGAGACUGAGACACGCCGUCCCGAUUAUGCUCGGAGGGUGGCUUUUUUCUACUCUGAUCGCCACGUUGCCCCUUGUGGGUAUCAGCAAUUACAUGAAGGUCAGCAUCUGCCUCCCCAUGGAUGUGGAAUCCACUCUGUCACAAGUCUACAUAUUAUCCAUCUUGAUCCUCAACGUGGUUGCCUUUGUCAUCAUCUGUGCUUGCUACAUUAGGAUCUACUUCGCAGUUCAAAACCCAGAGCUGACAGCUCCUAACAAGGAUACAAAACUUGCUAAGAAGAUGGCCGUCCUCAUCUUCACAGACUUCACAUGCAUGGCGCCCAUCUCUUUUUUCGCCAUCUCGGCUGCCUUCAAAGUGCCCCUCAUCACUGUCACCAACUCAAAAGUUCUGCUGGUCCUUUUUUAUCCUGUCAAUUCUUGUGCCAAUCCAUUUCUGUAUGCAAUCUUCACAAAGGCAUUUCAGAGAGAUUUCUUUCUGUUGCUGAGCAGAUUUGGCUGCUGUAAACACCGGGCUGAACUUUACAGAAGGAAGGAAUUUUCUGCUUAUACCUUCAACUGCAAAAAUGGCUUCCCAGGAUCAAGUAAGCCUUCCCAGGCUGCCCUGAAGUUGUCCAUAGUGCACUGUCCACAACCUACACCUCCAAGAGUGUUAAGUCAGUAACUGCAUACUAAGCAUGUUCAAAACAAGUCCACCCAAAUUAGUCACCUUAAAAUAAUGUGUUUAGGAAAAAUAUUUAUCCUUAGGCACGUUAGGACAAUUGAAAAUUGCUUCAGAUGGUGGCCCAUGACACUUGAUAACAUAAAUUUCAGAAGGGUUUAGAAAUUUAUAUAAUAAUUUAGACGGAAUAAUUUUGUUUGUUGAACCUAAUAUUAAGAAAAUCUAAGUUGCCAUUUCCAUGUCUCUUGAUCUUUUUCACUUCAACAUUGUGAUUUACACUGUAAUCUCCAAAUAUAUUAGUUCAUAACAGAUUGGAAAUUUAAAGUGGUCUUUGUCCUCAGAUAGUUUAAUAAAUACAUUCAAGAGAUGCACUGUGCAGUGUGGUAGCUGUUAGCCUUGCACGGUAAGUAAAAGUUUCUUAGCCAUAUUUCAAGGGCUUCAUGGAUCUCACUAGGGAUAGGAAGCACAGAUGCAAACUGUUUUGUCAGUGUAAGGAAUUCUAUUAGACAGCUCAAUUCUAGAGACUUCCAUUUCCCAUUUACACUCUGCUUACUUGGCUUCCCAUCUGAAGGACAUUUCUGCACACUUCUUUGGCUUACAGAUCAGGACCAUCUCGUAGGCAGGAGCCUAUCUCAGCCCGUUUGGCUUCCUCAUCUCCUAUCUCAGGAUCUUGGAAAUGGUACACAGUAAACAUGCCUAACCAGUUAAACUUCCUAAAUCUACACGGGAAAAUGUUUCUACCACCUUAGUAUAGAUUUUGAUCAUUACAUGCUUUAUGCUUUCUGCCCCCUACCAGUAUCCCUUCUCAGAGUUCUUCACCCUAUGCCCCCUCCCUUUCACUUCUGAGAGGGUGCCCCUCCCAGAGAAUUCCCCUUCCUUGGGGCAUCAAGUUUCUACAAAAUUAGGCACAUCCUCUCUCACUGAGUCCAGACAGGGCAAUCCUCUGCUACAUAUGAGCCAGGGGCAUAUGUACAGACCAGCCCAUGCAUGCUCUUUGGCUGAUGGCUUAGUCUCUGGGAACUCCCAGGUAUCAAGGUUAGUUAGCCCUGUUGGUCUUUCUUCAGGGUCACCAUCCCCUUAAGUUCCUUCAGACCUUCCCCUAACUCUUCCAUAGAGUACCUUUGCAUCUUUAAGCAAAACAAAAUAUUUAAAUUUUAAAAAAUAUUAACUUACAUUAUUUCUAUGCUUUUCAGUUUAUUGGGAAAUACAUCUAGUAUCGUCAGAAGCACUUGUUACUACAGUUGACUCUUGAGGGACAACCAACCGACAGGUCUAACUGUGAAGCUUUUGUUUGCUACUUUGCCUUUUUGAUUGAAAGUUCAUUACACACAAAGCAUCUUGGUGAGUGUAUCACAUAAUCUCACCAACUGAAUCUUGAGAAAACUCUACAGUGCAGAAAAAAAACCCUGAUCACCAUUUUUGAAAGUACUGAGAACUAGUAAAAGAGUCAAGUAAAAAGAUUCAAUCUCAAAGCUCACUCACCAAGCCUAGCCUCCUUAAUAAUUCCCAUACUGAAAAAUCAUUGUUUUCCAAGAGUUACUUUGGGUUGAAAUACAUCAAAAAAUAGAAUACACUGACUGAUGGACAGACAAAUAUUUAUUGGCUAGCUAGAUUUUGCUACUUAAAAGCUUAUAUACAUUCAAAGUUCCGUAUGUUUUUCCAAUAUUUUAUUAUGAACAUUUUCAAAUGUACGGAAAUGUUAAAGAAACUAUGUAAUGAACAGCCAUACAUCACCACCAUUUACAGCAAGCAAUAUAUUACUAAAUUGACUUUCAUACAUUACUGUACAAUUAUCUGUUAUUUAUCUGGUGAUAAAUGUCUUAUAUUUUGAUAUUUUAAAGUAAUUUUCAGGUAUCAGUCAUACACGAGAGCAUAUAUUGUACUCCCCCAUGUAUUCACCAAGGGUAAUAUGUAUUUCUUUGCAUUGUAGAUAUAAUUUACAUGAAGACAAAUCUUAAAUAUGCCUCUUGAGUUUUGAGAACAGCAUGCACCUAUGUCAGCCACACUGUGUCAGGAUUUAGUCCAGUUACAGAGAGUCCCUCAUUGUGGAAGAUGGCUGAUAUUCUCCACAGACUAGUGUUUCCUGUCCGAGGUGGCAUGUAAGUGCAGGUCUACAGUACAUAUGUUUUUUCACAUGGCUUUGGACUCAGGUUAUUAUUCUUCCCAUUUAUCCACUUAAUGCUUGAAUCCAUUCAUUCCUUCUCAUUGCUGAUUAACAUUCUACCAUAUUCAUAUUAAAAAAUCUCUUCUCCUACUGAUAGCUAUCUUAUCUAUUUCCGGCUUUCAACUUCCUGAGAGCAUUUUAUUAAAUAAAUGUCUAACCAUAACUAGAUGCUAUACAUUUAGUUUGGUUUCAGUUCUUAAGUCAUUAUGUAAUAUGAUUCAAAGAAGAUUGUAAGAUUUAUAAAAAGAAGUCUCUUCUAUGUUUACAUUUAUGAUCUUUCUGCUCAGUUUGGUUCAGGCUUUCUUGGUCAUCUUAGACUCUGUCUUAGCAACACAGCUGAAUGCUAACUCAUAAUGCUGCCUGUGCAACUACAUGUUAUUCUUUCUGAUUCAUAAAUCCCAGGUGAAAAAAACAACCUAGUAAGAAAAAGUAAACUAAGGAGGUGACUUAAACCCAUCCUUGUAAAUAAGUUCUUACGCUAGCACACAUUCCAAUAGAUUAAGCCUGACAAACACAUAGCGUACUCUGAAAGCAACUCAUGGCCUCUUACACAAAUAAUGGUCCUUAUUUUCUACAUUAUAACUGAAGCUUUAAUAAAUGAAGUCAUAGUUUCCUGUCUCCCUCAUUUGCAUACCCUCCCUCCCACAAGCUCUAUGUGAGAACUCUGCUCUAACCCAGUUUUUUACUUUGUGUCCUAGUGCCGCACAUGCGUCCCAGGACAUUUCUCCACUUACUCCUGGACUUUGAUAUAACUACAUAAUUUGUAUUCCAUACCCAGUCAUUUCUGGUUCCUCAUCACCAUACAAACCUCUGCGGAACCUUCCUAAAGUCCUAUUUCAUUUCAAUACGUGCCUGCACAGAAUCCCCAGGCAACCUCUCAGCACCUGGAUAGCUGCCUACUCCUAGGCUAGCUCUGAGAGAACUACAGAAUCGGUCCUCAGAUACGGUCAUCCAUUCUUCUGCUCUUUUCUUCAUGAAGCAAAUGGACUCGGUGACCCUUCCCCAAACCAUUCCCUUUCGUCGCCAUGUGGGAGUCUUUUUCUAAUGUAUUACACUUCUUAAGACAUCUCCUCGGUGUAAAAUAAAGGACAUGAUAAAUGCGUAACCCACCACAGUCUUUCUCUAAAGACUUCUUCAGCCUGCACGUCUGUGUGCUGCAUGUGGACUGUAUGCAUGAUGCCUGGUGCCCACAGAUGCCCUGGAAUUGAAGCUACAAAAGGUUGUGAGCACUGUGUGAGUGCUAGAAAUCCAACCGUGAUCCUCUGGAAGAAUAAUAAGUGCCUUAACCACUGAGCCAUCUCUCCAUCUCCUUUAGACUUCUUGAGAAUUCUUUUGUAUCACUUUUUCCCUUCUCUCUAUACUAGGAUAUUAAUUAUACACACAAAUUCAUCCUUACUUCACCUAUGUUAACAAGAUAAACUAAUUUCUUUUGACACAUCUGUUUUUCAACCUGGUUCAUUUUUAAAACUGAAAUAUAAAGCUGCCUUUGUUAAGAAGUAGUUCCUGUUUGAAAUGUCUAGAAUGUGUGUUACUAUCCUGUAUAAUCCCUUAUGGCUAAAUCAUAAGCACUCGUUGAAUUCAUAUCUCUUUCUUGUAUUUUCUCACCAUA